AGAAAGGGGAAGGAAGAGAGAAACAUCGAUGCAAGAAAGAAGCAUUGAUUCUGCUCCCAGGCCACGGAUCAUAGGCGUCUGGACUAUGGGUCACACACAGCCAUGCCCGAAUCAGGAAACAAACCCACAACCCAGGGCCAGUUUCUCGUUGGCUGUGCAUGGGAAGUGCCUUCAGCUCCAGGGGCAUGGCCCAAAGGCAGAACUAACUGCCCAUUUCAGGAUGCCAUUGGGGUUGACUACAGAGGGCAAGAUGUGGCUGGGAGUCCUGCUGACAAUUCUGCUCUGUUCAAGCCUUGAGGCUCAAGAGAACCCUUUCACCAUCAACAACGUCCACAUGGUGAUCCUGCCAGGGCAGGAGGUAAACAACGGGGACAACCUGACCCUGCUGUGCAUUGUGGACAUCAGCACCACUGCUCACGUCCAGCCUCAGCGCCAGAUGCUCUUCUAUAAGGACGACGUGCCGUUUCACAACGUCUCCUCCACGAAGAGCGUGGAGAGUUAUUUCAUCCCUCAAGCCCGAGUCUACAACGCAGGGACGUACAGAUGCACUGUGAGUCUGAACAACAAGAUGAAAACCACGUCGGAUCACGAGGUACUGGUGAAAGGAGUGUCCAGUCCCACAGUGACGCUGGACAAGAAGGAGGCGGUAGAAGGUGAGAUCGUGACGGUCAAUUGUUCUGUCCCAGAGGAAAAGGCCCCAGUACAUUUCACAGUUGAAAAACUCGGACUAUAUAAAAGAAAUGGCAAGCAGAAAAGAAAAACGUCUCAGAACCAGAAUUUUGUGACACUGGAAUUCAUAGUCGAGGAACAGGACGAUGUGAUCUAUUUCCAAUGUACAGCCAGCAUCGCUUUUGGGACACGCAUGGAGACCUCUACAGCAGCCAAGAGUGAACUGGUCACCGUGAGGGAAUCCUUCUCUAAUCCCAAGUUCUCUGUCACCCCUCGGGGGAUGAUCAUGGAAGGAGAGAAGAUGGACAUUACAUGCACCAUCCAAGUGGGGCACAUGGCCACUGCAUUUCCAGAAAUCAUAAUCCAGAAGGACAAGAUGAUCGUGGCGCACAGCACAAACAACAACAGGGCCACCUACUCACUGAUGGCCACUGUGGAGCACAGUGGCAACUACACAUGCAAAGUGGAAACCAGCCAGAUAUCCAAGGUCAGCAGCAUCGUGGUCAACAUAACAGAGCUAUUUUCCAAGCCAAAGCUGGAAUCUUCCGCCACACGUCUGGACCAGGGUGGAAGUCUGAACCUGUGGUGCUUCAUCCCAGGAACACCUGAAGCCAACUUCACCAUCCAGAAGGGAGACAUGACCGUGUCAUGGUCUCAGAAUUUCACCAAGAGAGUCUCAGAGCGGGACAGCGGGGCAUACACCUGCAGUGCGGGCAUUGGCAAGGUGUUCAAGAAAAGCAACACGGUCCAGAUAACCGUGUGUGAAAAGCUCUCCAAGCCCAGGAUUUUUCAUGAGUCCAAGUCUGAGGUGAUAAAAGGACACACCAUAGAAGUCAAAUGCCAGUCCAUAAAUGGAACCUCUCCUAUUUCGUAUCGCCUUGAAAAAACACAUAUCACUCUGAAUAGUCACAACGUAAGCUCAAAUGAGCCCGCAGUAUUCAAAGAUAACCCCACAGAAGACACCAAAUAUUACUGCAUCGCACGUAAUUGCCACUCCCACCCUGAAAUAGUCAGUGACCUUCUGUCGGUCAAGGUGAUAGCCCCAGUGGAUAAGGUCACUAUUUCUAUCUUGAGUGAUAAGACAGUGGAGUCUGGGGAAGAACUUGUGCUUCGAUGCUCCACAAACAAAGCAUCUGGUCCAAUCACCUACAAGUUUUACAAAGUAAAGGAGGCCAGGUCCUUCUACGAAACCACCUCAAAUGACACCCAGGCCAUCUGGCACAAGACACAGGCUAGCAGGGAACAGGAUGGGCAGUAUUACUGCACAGCCUCCAACAGAGCCAACGUUGCUGGGGCUGUCCUCCAAAGCAAUGUAUUGACCGUCACAGUCUAUCUUGCCCCAUGGAAGAAAGGACUUAUUGCAGUGGUGGUCAUCGUAGUGAUAAUUGCCAUCUUGGUACUUGCGGCCAGAUGCUAUUUUCAGAAGAAAGCCAAGGCCAAGCAGAUGCCAGUGGAGAUGUCCAGGCCGGCAGUGCCACUUCUGACCUCCAACAAUGAGAAGAUGUCAGAUUCCAGCACCGAAGCCAACAGACCUUACGAUUACAGCGAAGAUAUUGGAAACCAUGCAAUGAAACCAGUAAAUGAAAAUAAAGAGUCUCUGACCUCGGACGUGGAGUACACAGAAGUGGAGGUAACCUCACCUGAGCCUCAUGAAGGUCUGGGGAGGAAGGGCACGGAGACAGUGUACACUGAAAUCCGGAAAGCUAACCCUGGCCGGCAGCCGCCAUGGUCUCAGGCCCAACCUGACCCACAGAAUCAGAACCUCCAGCAUCUGAACUCUAGCCAGUUCUCAGAUGUUUCUGAUGCCGACACCGUCUGAAUAGACAGAUUCCAUGGAAAACAGAUAUUCUAGAACGGAAGGUUCCCUGAAUGGAAUUUAGGACUUCGGGAGCGGACACUCCUCCCCGGGGAGGACAGCCACAUUCCAAGAAGAGCAGACGAUGCCCGAUUCCAAGAGCUCUGUGCACUUACUUCUGAACCUGCCCUGCUCCUCCCCCUGAACACGGCCACUUCCUCAGGCCGAGCCACCAGUUCUUGAAGCCAUCUCGCUACAUUUAUGCUGGGUGUCAGGAGGCAGAUGCAGAGGGGCUGGUGAAUUUCCCACACGGCCCCCCUCCCACAAGUUGGAGCAUCUUCGGGAGCCGAAAGCAGGAGAAGGAGGUUCAGCGUCAGCAGGCCAUUGGGAUAUUUUGAAACUUGAAUAUUUCGUCUUGUACAGAGAUAAAGAACUUUUCCAAGUACCCUCAUACAAGAAACCUGUGUUGGUCUUUUUUUUUUUUAAUAGUUGAUCAUGUCUAGCAAAUGGCCUAGCCUAGGGGCUAGUUUUUUGUGUAUGUGUUUUUUUUUUCCUCUUUGUCUUUGGUCCUUCAAAGGCCUGUAGUUCUGAGUAGUCCUUGUUCCUGGGAAGUGCACAGCACUGACCAGACAGCUGUCCCCUGUCCCAUCGGCGACCUUGCCCGACACAAAUGGAAAAACAAAGCUGCUUGGGAGCGACCCCAUUGACAUGUCAACUUGAAGACAAGGUUUAUUCCAGGCAACGCACAAAACAGAAAACGAGGUUGGACAGCACAGAUGUCUGCUGUUUUCCUACACUCUCCUUUCCUCUAGCACGCUGAAGGCCAGACAACAGGAAGAUGGUUACCUACAGCAAAUAUUAUUUUUAAUAGAAAAAAUGACAUGCAUAUUUUUCUUACUAAUUUUUUUAUUUAUUCCUUGCUAAAGAAAUGGUCUCCUGAGGUCUUACGAUGUUUCUGACAGUGUCUCAAGUGGGUGGGUGAGGGGCUGUGGCCAUUUCCAGUGGGAUUUCACUAGUGGGCACACCUAACCGAGACCGCUCGGUGCCACCCCGGGGACACAGCUGCAGGCUCCCCGAUGGGUGUUGUAUUAAAUAAAUUUGAUCUUUACUCUUCACA